CGGCCGUGCCGACAAGUUUACUACACCCCAGCCCUGACUGUGAGGCCUUCAACGCUCGGACCAGCGCCUCUUCUUUCUCGGAUUAAUGUGCGAUUUCGGAAUUUAACGUGGAUGUGCGUGUCGCGAGAAGUUUCCGCGCGUGUUCGGGAGUGCGUGUGCGAUCGAAAAGUGACCAAAAUGUGCGGGGAAAAGUGUUUUCUGUGAGCUGAACGGCCGGCAGGGAUACGCCGUCGUCAGCCGCGGCGCGCAGCCAUUUUACUGAGGCAGUGCGGCAACGCUGCGCCGACUCCGCCAUUCGAAACAAAGUGUUUUUCUCCAGGUGCAGAAGUUAGGCUCGAUUUUCGUCCCAAUUAUUGUGAUUUGGUGGCCUCCUAUCGGUGAUGCGGUAGCCGAAAUGUCGCCGAAGGUGUCUGUGUGUGUGCGGAAGCGUGUGUGAGCGCUAUGGAGAGCGAAGUGAAGCAGCGGAACCAACGGAAUCGGCGACGGGAGCGAGCGCAGCGCAUGCAGGCUCAAAGGGAGAGCCAGGAAAAAGGUGGUGGAGAUAGUGCUGAGGAUGAGUCUCCAAGCAGGGAGAAGCCUCAGAGACCACCUCCACCCAACAGAAGAAAACGCUCCAAGGAGCCCUCCUUCGAGGAGGAUGUUGUGGAUGGAUUUGCUAUCCUGUCCUUCAAAAGCUACGAGGAUAUUGAGGUGGCCCUCAAGCUGUCGGCGCGCAAUGCCCUGUCGGUGAAGCUUGCGCUCGCGCCCACCCUGGGCGAGGAGAAGACCAACCACCACCUCAAGAAUGGCGACGUGGCGCCGCCAGUACCUGCCGCCAACAACAACCACAACCACAACAACAAUAACAACAACAACCAGCAGCACCACAACAACCACAACCACAUCAGGCACUCGGCCGCUUCGGCCAACCAGGAUUUGGGGACAAGUGACGACUCUGGCCGGGCAUCAGAGCGGCUGAAUGGCGCGUCUGUGGACACGUCACACGACCGGCUGAGCGAUGGGAGCAGUCGCUGCAGCUCUGGAAGGGGAUAUAUCUGUGAUAGUGAGGGCGAGGAUGACCGGGUAAACGAGAACAAUCGAGUAGCGCCCGGAGGAUGGAACGUGGCUUCGCGAGGCGUCCAUCGAGAAAUGGGAUCUGACCCGUCUGGCAUCUACGCUUCACCCGGUAGGAAACCUGAUGGACCGCCCACGAGCCUGGCAGCCACCGCCACCAGCAACGGCACGGUGUCGCCCGCGCCCGCCGCCUCCGCCACCACCACGACGGCGGCCACCCCUUCCGCCAGCGCGGCGGCGCCCCAGUCGCCGGCGCCGCACCCUCCCCACGGCCUGCCGCCGCCGCCGUCGCCCUCGUCCAGCGCGGUCACACCCGCCCAGCAAACGCCUUCAUUCCCUGUGUCCAACGGCGCGAUCCCUCCGCGGCUGGCGCCCGGCAAGCACGCGGUGGGCUCGGUGGGCACGCCGCCGCCAGGGCCGACGGGCCCGCCGGUCCUGGGUGCGGCGCCCGCGCUGUCGCUGCCGCUGGCUGCGGCCGCGGCCGGCUCUCCAGCGCCCUCCUCGGCGGGCGCCCACGGCCAGCACCAGAGCGCGCCGUCGCCGCACCUACCCUCGCCGUCAGCCGCGGCGCCGCCCAUGCUGUCGGCGCAGCACCAGCUGCCGCCGCACUACAUGCCCCACCACGGCUACCACCCCUACUCACAGCACCUGUACCAUCACGCGCCCGGCCACCAUACAAUCACGGCGUCCUCGCCGCAUCCCGGCCACCACCAGCCACCCCACUCCACUGCCGGCCACCAGCCGGGCCACCCCCAGUCCCACCCCGGCCACCAGCCGCCCCACCAGCACGUCCCCGGCGGCCACCAACCGCAGCACCCCGGCAUUCACCAACCUCAGCACCCCGGAGGACACCAACCACCCCAUUCUGCCGGCCACCAGACCGGAAUGCCGACUGCCAGUUCACCCCAUCCCGGAAGCCAUCCACACCCGAGCUCGGCUCACCCUGGUCAUCCGGGCCAUCCAGGCCACCCCUCCGCCAGCUACCCGGGCCACCCACACGGGCCUCUGUCGCAGCCACAGCAGCCCGGUGCCAUGGGACACCUCGGCCAACAGAGGCAUCCCUCGCCACAUCUUCCCCCGCCCCACCACAUGUCUUCGCCCGGACAGGCCGUCCAGCCACCCCACCAACCUCAUCAGCCCCAUCAGCCCCACCAACCUCACCAGCCCCACCAGCCCCAUCAACCCCAUCAGCCGCACCAGCCACCCACCAGCAAGCAAGGUCAGCCUGGACCACCGCUACACUUCUCGCCCCACUCGACGCAGUCCUCGCGGCUGCCCGGGCAGACGACGAUCUCAUCGACGGCGUCCUCCUUACAACCUGGACAGCAGCCACCUAUCGUGUCGUCGAGAUCGUCGCCUCGGCCGCCGCUGCAGUCGCCCUACGGCAUGCUGCCCAUGCCGUCGACGGUAUCGUCGAUGUCCACUUCAUCGGCGGCGGCCUCGACGCUGGCCGGCAAGCCGCCCGUCUCCUCUUCACAAGUUAAGGGACCAACGCCAACCCCGCCCGGACACCCUGCCGGCCCUUACGGCAUUCACCCCGGCUACCCUCACUACUCUCCGCUGUACGCCCCCUACUCCAUGCACGGCGGUCUGCCGCAUUACCUGCAACCCGUCGUGUCAAGCUCUCCACUCGCCUCGCCCAGAACUGAUUCGCUGACUGUCCGGUCGCCGCACUCGUCGAACCCGAAGGGUGCGUCGUCGUCAGUGAUAGCCUCCAACGGGCAGCCGCAGCACCCUGGGGUGCACCCGGGGCCGCACUCCACCACCCCGGGGGCGCCGGGCCUCCCGCCGGGCCACCCCCAGAGCCACCCGUCGGGCCACCUCAGCAACUCGAGCAGCGCGCGGUCCUCCCCCAUCGGGAUGCCGCCCCUCAUGGGCCACGGGGGCGCGCUCCCGGGCGCGCUCCCACACCACCCCGGCCCGCACCACCCCGGUGCCCACCCGGGACCCACGACGGUGGGGUCGGCGUCCAUGCCGCCCAUCAGCUCGGCCCCCGCAGUUACCAUUGCCUCCUCGUCUGUGAUCACCACCUCCGUGUCCAGCAGCCACAUGCACACGGUGACCACGCCCCUCGUGGGCUCCGGGCCGCCGGGGGGCCCGGCCGGCGGCCCGCCGCGCAGCCACUCCCCGCGCGGCCACAGCCCCACCCGGGAGCGGGACAGCUACAGCAGCAGCGGGGUGAGCAGCAUGGGCCGGACCAGCGUGACGCCGGUGAGCGGGUCGGGGCCGCUGCUGCUCUCGGGGCCCGCCGGCCCCAACCCCUCACCCUUCAGUGCGGCGGCGGCAUCCGCCACGGCGCCCUCGCCCUCCGCCUCGUCCGCCUCCACCCCCGUGUCUUCUAGUCUUUCAUAUCCCAAAGCGCCCGGAGCGGCGUGGCCUAGUUCAAAUUCAAGCAGCCAGCUUUCGCCGGCCAGCAGUAGCCCAGCAAUCAGGCCCAGCAUGGUUACCCCGUCGCCGUCGGCGUCCAUCUCCUCGCCGCACCCCGGUGCGCACCCCUCGGGCCACCCGCCGGGCCACCCACCCGGCCACCCUGGCGCGCACCCUCACGGCAUGCACUCGGGGCCGUACUCGGCGGGCGCGCUAUUCGCCCCGCCGAUGCCCCCAGUCUCGUCGGCCUCGUCAGCGCCCCCCAGCUCCAACCACAACCCUUUCUCAGCCGAGGCACUCAUGUCGAGUUCAAGUCAAGCAGAUUUACUGAGGAGAGAGCUGGACAACAGAUUCUUAGCUUCUCAGGAUAGAUUAAAUGUUGCAUCUUCUCCAUAUCUACGACCUUCUGAGAUGCACCAUCAGCACCCACAACAUAUGCAACACCAACAUGCAAGUCAAGGGCUUGGUGGUCUGGGAGCGCCACCUCCAGCUUCCUCUGUUUUCCCACAACUUUUGAAAGAUGUGCCAAAGUUAGGAGGUCUCGACUCCUCCUUUUACCGUCAAAAUCCUCUGAGUCUCGGAUCUUAUUCGUACUCUGGGCUUCCUCUACCAGCCUUGGGAAGUUCAACUCCUUUUGCCCCACCAAGUCAUUUGCCUUCUUUCACCCCCAAGGUUGCAGAUCCCUCAAAACCAAAACAUUCGAAACCUGGCAAGUGGAACGUGAUGCACGUGCGAAUAGCGUGGAUAAUAUACGGCCACCAACAGAAAUCGACGGACGCGUCCAAGCUGCCGGCGGCCGCGGCGCAGAGCCAGGUCGGGCCGUCUGCGAGCAAGGCCGGCGACCUGCUGCGGGCGCCGCCCCUAGGGAUGCCCAGCCACCUGUACCCCGCGGGCGCCCCGAGGCCCCACGAGAUGCCUGGCGCGCCCUCGUUCUCGGCUCUCCCCGCGCACCGCGCGCCCUUCGAUCCGGCCGCCGCCGCCGCCGCAGCCUCCCACUCGAGCUACCUCGCGAGUGCCGCGGCUGCGUCCCACCUAGGAAAUGCCGUUUCGCCCUUUGGUCGAUACCCUCCACCAUUCCCAACUCCAACACCUUUUGCACCCCUAGGGUACCCAGGUGGUCCCAGGGAAAUGACACCUCUCGGUCCACUCGGAAUGCAUGAUCCCUGGAGCAGGCUCCAGAGACAACCCGGUUACCCUGUGACUGCUGUCAAUAGUGCCUGGACUUACAAGUCUGAAGCUAGUAUAAUUGAAGAGAGAGAACGGAGCAGAGAGCGGGAAAGAGAAAGAGAAAGGGACAGAGAACGAGAAAGGGAACGGGAUAGAGAAAGAGAGCGAGAACGGCAGAGGAGAGAAAGAGAACGGGAAGAGCAACGAAAAGCUGAGGAAAAACGGAAGUUGGAUGCCGAGCGCGCUGAACGUGAAAAGGAAAGAGAAAGGAGAGAAAAGGAGCGGCGGGAGCAGGAGAGGAGAGAGCAGGAGCGGGAAAGAAUGAUGCAACAACAACAGCAGCAGCACCAGCAACACCAGCAGCAGCAGCAUCAGCAGCACCAGCAGCACCUGCAGGCCCAGCACAGACUGGCCGCGGAGGCGAGUAAGGCCCGCGACAGGUCGCCGAUCAGGAACGGCGGCACGCCGACGGACAGCGCCAAGGACAAGGAGGACGAGCUGGCCAUGCUCUCCAGGACCAGCAGCGUUGGUCCGCCCUUCCCGCACCCGUACCUCUCGAGGCUCCCCAUGUCGCGGGGGCUGCCCCCGCACCCCUCGUACCCCCACGCCCCUCCCGGCUCCAUGUGGCCCGGGCCCGACCCCUACCGGGACGCGGCUGCCGCGGCGGCGUACCGUUUCGACCCCAUGAGGCUGCAGUUUAACCCGCUCAUGUCGGCGCUGCAGCAGGAGGAGGAGCGGGCCAAGAUGUACGGCCAGUACCCGGGACCGGUGGGGCCGCCUAACCCCAUGGCCCACCUCAGGGCAAAGGACCCCAGCCCGCCGGCGGGCAUGCUCAACAACCACCAGUUCCACCACCGGCCCUCCCCGUCCGGGCUGCCGCCCCCGGGGGCACCGCACCCGGGAGCACCCCACCCGGGGGCACCGCACCCCCACCCUCACAAAAUGACACCCACCCCUCCGGCACCCGGGCAGCCGCUAGUGGUAGACCUGCACAAGAAGGACGAGCCUGCCACGCAGUCGCGGUGAGGUGAGGUGGGGGCACGGGAAGGGGCAGGGGAGGGGGGGUUCCUACCCGGGAGUUUAGGGAGAUGAGUCUGUGAUGAUGCCGUCGCGCUUGGUGCUAAAGUGACUGUAGGGAAAGCCGGCGCUCUAAUUUUAAGAAAAUCUCUGCAUUGCAGAGUUGACAAGUAACAUUUAAAAACAGUAGAAUGGAUUUUUUUUAUUUUUAUUUUUUUUGGUUUGUCUAUGUGUGAAUGAUAAAUUCACCUUUUUGCUUUGAAUUUUUGACUCUUUCAUUAUUGUGUUUUAAUGAAUUGCCCCAAAAUACUUUAUCUUGUUAUGUUUUGAUUAAGGCUGUAUAUGUGUUGUUAAUUGUAUUGUUAGCAAAAAUGAAACGCUUGCUCUUUAGAUAACCUAGUCACAACUGGAUAGAAGCCCGUAUUUCAUUGGUUCAACAUGACUGACUCAUAGAAAAGCUGACUUCAUUGUGGGUUAGAAUGUGAAAGUAAACGAUGUAAAGCUGAAUCUUUGACUUGAUAUUGCAAGUCAUUAUUAAAUCUGUCUAAUAGUAAGCUUAUUAACAAAUGAAUUAGUCACAAUUCCUUUUGUUUCUUUUUCUCUUUUUUAGUUAAUAUUUUCUUUUUGCUGUGAAUUUUUUUUCUUUUGAAAAUGGCAAUCAUUUUCCUGUUGUUCUCUGGUGUUUUUCAUCCCCGUUGAACUUCUACCUACUUCUUUAAGUAAGCUUUUUACACCGGAGAUACAAUUUGCUCAUUGUUGAUGUUAUUCUUCUCAAUGAAAUAUUUUUUCUUUGUUGUUGUUCAUGAAAUUCUGAUUCAAAGCCCCCUAUAUCCCUCAUGAAAUUAUUAUUUUGGGGCAGGACUGUGUAAAGAUGGUGCAAUGGACUUGCCAGUGAUUUAAUUUAGAUAUGACUUGAAGGGCUGCAACUCUUCAUUUAGUGACCAAAUCACAGCUUUUGUUGUUGUUUUUACUGUUCAUUAAGUGAUCUCAGCUACUAUAAAAUUCUAUAUAGACAUACAUAAUUAAGCUUCUAAGUUUAUCAUUAAAUUUGAAACAAAUGUAUUAAACAAGUGCUUAUGCUGUAAAUACCCAAAUCAUACCUAUUGUAUAAAUCUGUGUAAAUUAGCAGACAUUAAAAAUCUAUAUAUAGUAUUAUAAAAAUGUUAAUUAGAUGGCGAAUGUUUGUAUUGAAGUUCUGGCAAUAUAAGUACUUGUUGUGCCGUCUCUGCUACAGUGAUGGUAAUUUAGCCAAACAGAUUGUCUGCUAGAUGCUUGAAAUUGUAUAUAGGUGCUCUGUACCCUAUGUAUAAACUUAUGCAUUGGAAAAUCUAAACCUUCUCUAUACGUACUUUAUACAUUAAACGUGGAGAUAGUUUUGCAACUAUGUCAGUGGCUUUGGUAGGCACCCAAGCGGCGCCUUACUUUACCAUAGCUGCUAAAUUCAACUGUGAUUAAAAUUGAAGUCUGCUAACAUUUUGCUUGAAUAUGUAAUCUAUAAAUACUUCAUUGCCAUGUGUACAUUUUGUACCAUCUUUGUGUACAGAAUACUCAAUUUGAUUUGUUAUCUAUAGAAAAGUUUUUCUUUAUCAGGUCUGUUUGACUAUGAACUUUGUUGUUAAUUUAUCCCUUUGGUUGUUGAUUUGACUUUUGUACAGAUGUAAUUUAAUUCUAGUAGUUAAAAUAUUGAUCCUCCACCUAGAAAAGGUAUCUCAGUGGCAUUCCCUACAUAUACUAGGUUGAAGGUUGAACUUCUCUUUUAUCUGAAAUGACGUGUUCUUACUCUCCGUGACUCCUCUGAUGGCUUUUAUUUGGUUACAAACAACAUAGACAAGGGGUUAUCUAGCAACCAGGUGUACAAUAUUCCUCUUUUGUUCUGAUAGAAUACUAUAAUUUGUUUUCCAUGAUGUACACACCCAAUGAUUUUCCCUUUGUAAUUAUAAGAAAAGCAGAUAAAGCUAGAAAAAAUGUUAAACUUUUGUGAUUUCAUAUGGUAGUAUAUGAUCUAAACAAUAUGACUACAGGAAAGUGUAGAUAUUCCAAAUCAUUUACCAGAAACAAAUUUUUCUGGUAUAUGCUUGUAUCUGUGCAUAUUCUAAGUGUACUGUGCCGGCAACAUCAAAAUCAGUCAUAUAACUUUUGUAUUUGUAAAAAAAGAAUUUCUGUAGAUAUCUUCAAUCUAAUGUAUUUACAUAUUUUUUGUAGAUAAAGCUGGUGAGCCUGUGUAAUUAUUUUUAUUUUGUAUUUAUUUUUUAUUUUGAGUGAAAUAACUUAAAUGUGAUCCUUUACAAAAGGGUCUUACAAUGUAUAUUGUUUCUAUUAAGCAGAAACUAAAUAUGUUUAAAAAAUUA